AUGGCCCAUUCAAAAGUGACCCGGCUGCCGGGGUUGAUCUUUUCUACGAACCCCCCUUACUACGCGUGGUGGGAUUCUGGCGACGUUGAAUCAGUUCGUGCUGCGUGUUUGUGGUUGAACGAGUACAUCGCAAGGAAUGGCCCUUAUGAUGCUGCCCUCAUGUUCUCGCAGGGAUGUGUUCUCGGAUCAAGUGCUUUGCUCUUGCACCAGGAAGAAACACCGCAUCUCCCACCUCCAUUCAAGAGUGCCAUUUUUGUCUGCGGCGGAGUUUCCAUGAAUAUGCUUCAAGAUCUAGGAUUUCACAUCUCUGCGGAGGCUCAUGAGCGUGACUCGGCAUCACGAACAGCAUUAGAAAAACAGGCCGGCGUGUCAGCUGUCUUAGCACAAGGAGUGAAUCGUUGGACAGGUAUCGCUGGAGGCCUCUCGGAGGAUGAACUGCGCAACGAAAUCCAAAGUCCAUACUGUGUGGAUAUUCCCACAGUACAUAUCUAUGGCUCGAAAGAUCCAAGGUAUGCCGCUGGUGUGCAUCUAUCGAGCGUAUGCAAUCCCGACAAGCGACGAACUUACAACCACGGUGGUGGUCAUGAAAUCCCUCGCACAACUGGAGUUAGUUCUUCGAUUGCAGAGCUAACGGAAUGGGCUCUUGCCUCGAUCGAUGCCUAG